AUGUUCUCGUCACUUAAAUACUCGAUGUUCGAGUACGAUUUCGUGGCCGCAGCCCCAGCCAUCGAGCCAGGCAAUACCAACCCUUCACCACGUCAAAUCUACCAAAACCGAAAGAAUUUCGGGGUGAAUCUUGGAUCAGUGUUUGUGCUUGAGAAAUUCAUCCACGAUCGAUUCUUCAUCAACGACACCGGAGCGGAACUUGAAGCAAUCACCGCACAAAUCCACGGUUGUGGAGAAUCCAACACCAAAAACGCCCUAGAAACUCAUUGGACCACGUUCAUCAGCGAUGAUGAUUGGCAAUGGCUUCACUCCGUUGGGGUAACCUCGGUUCGGGUGCCAAUUGGGUAUUGGGACGUCAAUGGUGGGGCAUUCACCGAAGGAACCCCUUUUGCUUCGGUGGCCGCGGUUUACAAGAACGCUUGGAACAUUUAUAAAUCCCAUUUUGUGGAAAAAGCCGGCCAACACAACAUUUCGGUGCUUGUGGAUUUACACGCGGUGCCUGGGGGAGCUAAUACUGGGGACCAUUCGGGUCAAAAACUCGAUUCCCCAGGGUUUUGGAACUCGUCAAAAUAUCAAGCGGUGGCCCUCGAUUGUCUCAAAUUCAUUGUCGAAGACUUGCGGAAAUAUGAUAACAUUGCGGGGAUCCAGGUGGUGAAUGAGGCGACGUACGAUAAUCCUGCUCCAUCGCAAAGCAAGUACUACAAAGCGGCGCUUCACAAGAUCAGAAAACGUGACGCCAGUAUCCCAGUAGUGAUUUCCGAUGGAUGGAGUCCUGGUCAAUGGGCAGAAUGGGUUUGUCAAGGUGAGCAACAAGCUGGGGGAGAUUUAGGGGUGGUGGUUGAUUGUCAUGUUUAUCGAUGCUUUGACGAUAGUGAUAAACUGAAAACCCCUGAUGCGAUUAUCCAUGAUCUUGACAACACCGUAUUGCAAGGCGUCGAUUGGAAAGCCGACACCAUUGUUGGGGAAUAUAGUGGGGUGCUUGAUGGGCAAACCUGGGACAAGUUUUGUGGUGAUCGUGGAGGUAAAGUUCAAGAAUAUCUCGAACAUCAAGUUCGUUUAUUCAAUACCCGUGCCGCGGGGUCAUAUUUCUGGACUUUGAAGUUCGAACAUGGUGAUGGUGGUGAAUGGGGGUUCGUACCAAUGGUCAACAGUGGAGCAAUUCCUCGGAGACCCACUGCAGUAAAAGAUUUCCCUAGUGCUGAAUUGCGCGAUCAAAUCUUGAAUGCAAAAUUACAAGAGCAUUCUAAUUAUUGGAACGGCGCCAACCCAAAUGAAUCAUAUGAACAUCAUCGGUUUGAAGAUGGGUUCAUGAUGGGGUGGAAUGACACUGCGGAAUUUGCGAAAUUCGAUGGUUCUACCAUUGGCAGACGCCAUGCUUGGAAAAAUGCUAGACGGGCAGAACAUGCUAGGGCUAAAGGAAAUUCGGGGUUCCUUUGGGAGUGGGAUCAAGGUUUUGAUGCCGGUGCCCAAGCUUUUGAGGAACAAGCAGGCAUUAUUCAGUAG